UUUAGUCCGUUGUACUACUUGUUGCUGUCUGAAGAGACCAGCUUUGACAGAAGAUCAUGUUGGAUCACUGCAGGAGAAUGAGUUUGAACAUGUCAUUCAUAUACGAAGACGAAGAGAAUCUGGGGAUCCAUACUGGGCUUAUUCAGGAACCUAUGGACCAGAAAAUUGGGCGACAUCUUACAUGAAUUGCUCUGGUAUCAAACAGUCCCCAAUUGAUAUUGUAGAUCAGAAGACUCAUGAGAAGGAUGUCUUGCAGCAAAUACAUCUUGAGGGAUUUGAGAUUGAGUCUUCUAAUAGAACUCGUAUGAAAAACACUGGAAAAACAAUUGCUGUUCUACUGAAGGAUGAUUAUUUUGUCAGUGGAGCUGAUCUUCCAAGCAGGCUUAAAGCAGAAAAACUAGAAUUUCACUGGGGUCAGAAUGGAGGUUUUCCAGGUUCGGAGCACAGUCUUGAUGGAAAAAGAUAUCCAGUUGAGAUGCAGAUUUAUCUUUCAAGCCCUGGCACUGACUGGGCAUCAAGAAGAAAUGGAAUUAGAGGAGCAAUGGUGAUAUUCCUCCAGGCUACCAUCCAGGACAACCUUGCACUGGUUCCUAUUAUCAGUGGGCUGAAGAGAGUCGUGCAUCAUGAGAAAGAAACAUUUCUGGAUCCAUUUGUAUUGGGGAAUUUACUUCCUGCCUCACUUGGAAGCUAUUACAAAUACUCUGGCUCCCUAACAACACCACCAUGCAGUGAAACUCUAGAAUGGAUAGUCUUCAGCAGACCUAUCUCCAUCUCCCUUGAGCAGCUGGAAGCCUUUUACUCCAUAUUUACUACUGAACAGCAAGACCAUGUCAAAUCAGUAGAGUACUUGAGGAACAACUUCCGACCACAACAGAAACUGAAUGACAGAGUGGUUUAUAAGUCUGCAGUCAAAGACUCAUGGAGCCAGGCAACUGAGAACCCUGGGGUCCUGCAUAAUACAGAAGUAUGCAGCAGCCCACCAGUGAAUAUGACCGUGCAGCCAGUGAAUAGGACCUCUUUACUUGUCACAUGGAACAGGCCAGAAACCAUCUACCACCCUCCCAUUAUGAAUUAUUUGAUCUCCUAUAGUUGGACAAAAGAUGAGGGGGAGAAAGAGCAAGCUUUCACCAAAAAGAAUGAUCAUAACUUGGAAGCAGUUAUCAAUCAUGUCUCCCUCGAUAAACUCUACCUGUUUCGUGUUCAAGCUGUGUGUCAGAAUGACCUGCGAAGCGAUUUUAGCCAGACAAUGCUGUUUCAAGCUAACACAACUAGAAUAUUUGAAGGAACCAGGAUUAUAAAAACAAGAAUGCCAACAGCCUCACCUGCUUCUUCAGCUGAUAUGGCACCAAUCAGUUCUGGGUCAUCUACUUGGACUUCUUCAGGUCUUAGUUUGCCCUUUGUUUCCAUUGCAACUGGCAUUGGUCCUUCAUCCAGUGGAAGCCAGACUACUGUGGCAUCUGUAGUAACAAGCACUUUGCUUGCAAGCCUUGGGUUUGGUGGUGGUGGAGUUCCUUCCUUUCCAAGUACUGUGUGGCCUACACGCCUUCCCUCUUUGGUUUCAACCACGAAACAUCGAGUCAAGCCUGUUAUUUCAACAACUGAAGCGUUGUCAUCCCCAGGCUCAGAUGGUGGUUCUGCUGUUAAUAAAACUGGCGAGGCAGAAGGUGAAGAUGAAAAGAAAGAAAAUGAAGAUGAAAAAGGAGAGGGAGAAGAAGGAGAUGAAGAGGAAAAUGAAGAAGGAAGCAGUUUAAGGAAAGGUGUAGUGGAGAAACAGGAGAAUGUUGUGACCACGACAACUAAUGAGACACAAAAUAAGACUGAAUCAGAGAUAUCACCUAGAGAUCCAAGUAGUCCAAGUGAAGAAGGUACGAACUCAACCAGUGGGCAAGAACAUCCAAACACAACUAUCAGUCAAACAAAUGCGGCUGUCCAACAGACGACAAUUGAAUUAUCACAAACAUCCUCCGACAUUUCAACCACAGAGAACUUUCAACUUUCAACAACACUUCCUCCAAAGAGAUGGAAUAAUGAUGCAGACAGGUCUGCUGAGAACACAUUUGUUAUGGUGGAUCCAGAAGACAGGUCAUCGUCAAGUAUGGCCACACAACCAUACUCACCCUCCAGCAAGAUGGAAUGGAUUAUUCCAUUGGUGGUUGUCUCAGCUUUGACUUUUGUCUGUUUGAUUCUUCUCAUAGGCGUGCUUGUUUACUGGAGAAAAUGUUUUCAGACAGCACACUUCUAUGUGGAGGACAGCAGUUCACCACGAGUGGUUCCUAAUGAAAGCAUUCCCAUUAUCCCAAUUCCAGAUGAUAUGGAGGCCAUUCCAGUCAAGCAGUUUGUAAAGCACAUAAAUGAACUGUAUACCAAUAACCAACAUGGAUUCUCUGAGGAAUUUGAGGAAGUGCAGCGCUGUACAGCUGAUAUGAACAUCACAUCAGAACACUCCAACCAUCCAGAUAACAAGCACAAAAACCGAUACAUCAAUAUUGUAGCAUAUGAUCACAGCAGAGUUAAACUAAGACCAAUACCAGGAAAAGAUUCAAAGCAUAGUGACUACAUCAAUGCCAAUUAUGUUGAUGGUUAUAACAAGUCAAAAGCCUAUAUAGCUACACAGGGACCUCUUAAGCCUACAUUUGAAGAUUUUUGGCGAAUGAUCUGGGAACAGAACACAGGAAUCAUUGUUAUGAUUACAAAUUUAGUGGAGAAAGGACGACGAAAAUGUGAUCAAUACUGGCCGAGUGAGAACAAUGAAGAGUAUGGCAACAUAAUUGUCACCUUGAAGAGCACAAAAGUACGGGCAUGGUGCACUGUACGCCACUUCACCAUUAGGAACACAAAAGUUAAAAAGGGACAAAAAGGAAACCCCAAGGGACGUCAAAACGAGCGAAUGGUUAUACAAUAUCACUAUACACAGUGGCCUGACAUGGGGGUACCAGAAUAUGCUCUUCCUGUACUCACCUUCGUGAGAAAGUCAUCUGCAGCUCAGAUACCAGACAUGGGACCAGUAGUGGUACAUUGCAGCGCUGGUGUUGGCAGAACUGGAACAUACAUUGUGCUUGAUAGCAUGCUGAAACAAAUAAAAGAUAAAAGCACAGUUAAUGUCCUUGGCUUUCUCAAACACAUCAGGACUCAGAGGAACUACCUUGUCCAGACAGAGGAACAGUAUAUUUUCAUCCAUGAAGCCUUGCGGGAAGCAAUACACGGGAAGGAGACAGAAGUACCUGCCACUCAGCUACAUAGUUAUGUCAACAACAUUUUAAUUCCAGGAAUAUCUGGGAAGAUGAGGCUAGAGAAACAGUUUAAGCUGGUAACUCAGUGUAAUGCAAAAUUUAUAGAGUGCUUCAGUGCCCAGAAAGAAUGUAAUAAAGAGAAGAACAGAAACUCCUCAGUUGUGCCAUCUGAACGAGCUCGAGUAGGCCUUGCACCAUUACCUGGAACAAAAGGAACUGACUACAUUAAUGCCUCCUACAUAAUGGGCUAUUACAGAAGUAAUGAAUUUAUUAUUACCCAGCACCCCUUGCCUCACACCACAAAGGACUUUUGGCGAAUGAUUUGGGACCAUAAUGCACAGAUUAUUGUCAUGUUACCAGAUAACCACGGACUAGCAGAGGAUGAAUCUGUGUACUGGCCAAGCCGUGAAGAAUCCAUGAAUUGUGAAGCCUUUACUGUAACUCUUAUUAGCAAAGAUAUACUGUGCCUCUCUAAUGAAGAGCAAGUUAUCAUCCAUGAUUUCAUCCUGGAGGCAACCCAGGAUGAUUAUGUGCUGGAGGUACGUCACUUUCAGUGUCCAAAAUGGCCAAAUCCAGAUGCUCCUCUCAGCAGCACCUUUGAACUUAUAAAUGUACUAAAAGAAGAAGCCUCAACCAGAGAUGGACCAACCAUAGUUCAUGAUGAGUUUGGAGGGGUCUCUGCUGGGCUAUUCUGUGGCCUUACUACUCUGUCACAGCAAUUGGAGUGUGAAUCUGCUGUGGAUGUCUAUCAGGUUGCAAAGAUGAUAAACCUGAUGCGGCCAGGCGUUUUCACCGAUGUGGAGCAGUAUCAGUUUCUAUAUAAAGCAAUGCUCAGCUUAAUCAGCACAAAAGAGAAUGGAAAUGGACCCUCAUCAUUUGAUAAAAAUGGUACCAUUAUUAUCACCGAAGAAUCAGAUCCAGCAGAAAGCAUGGAAUCUCUUGUGUAAUCUGAAGAUUUUCAGAAAUGGAACUUCAUUUGAGAAAAAAAACUUCUGAGGACUGAAUGAAUUUCUGAGGCCUUUAUUUUGUCAGGUUCCAAUUUUAAUGAUGACCUGGCUAUACAUUUUACAGUGAUGAGAGUUUUUGAUGUUAAUUUUAACCAUUCUGAGUCCAUUAUUAUCCUGCUGAGCAUUUGAAUCUCUUAUUUUCACAAGAUGAAAACACAAUUUGUUCUAGUUUGCACUAUCUAAUCAGUGUUACUGCCUAUUAAAAACUUAAUACAAAAUUUGUAAUUUCCCAGAAAUUCAUGAAAAACUUUUGUCUGUAAUCCUCAAUAACUUGAGCUUCAUAGGAAGGCAGAAUCUGUGUCCGGAGACAGCUUAAAGGUAAUUGUGCAAACAAAAACAUUCUACAUUUUAGUCGUUCAUCAGCUCAGAUUGUUUUUGUACAGAUUGCAAUGUAUUAUUGAACUCACUUUUAAGUAAACAUAAUUUGAACCUGGCAAAUCCUGUAAAAUUUCAGAGAUGUAACCUCCUACAUUCCAGUGAUCAGACUACAGACAGUCAAAAACAUUCUUACCACAAAAUACUUUAGUGCAGGUCAGGUGUAUGGGUACAGCUAAUAAUUUAUCAUUUUCUUGACACUUUAUAUAUUUGUGCUGCUUCAGGCUGUAACUGAAAUGUGUGGGGAAAAUGCUCAUUUUUCAUGUGGUAGAAAAUAUAUAAAUAUCUUAGUAAGGGCAACAGUCAUCCUGCUUGCAAGAAUGUGGAAUGUGAUUAACGGUUUUUGCAGGAUUAAAAUGAACACACAGCAGACACAGGUCCUAAUAGUGGAAAGAGAAGUGUGCACCAGUAUUGCUUGCACAUAGGCAGCCAAUGGUCACAGAAUUUAAUGUUCUUUAUAAAGAACAGGCGACAGCCAUUUGGGGUGCAAGUGAUUGCUUGGAGUGACCUAACCCACUGUCAGGCGAUGGAAAUGCAGCUCUGCCUGGCUGUAAAAGGGACUCUGCAGGCAGAGCUUGCAGUUCAGCAGGGAAAAAAAAAUUACAAAUUUGGAAGGACACUGUCUGAAGCCAAGCUCUUCAUUCCAUUUUGCUUCUAUCUUCUAUCCCCAUCUUAUAUCCCAGUCAUUUACACACUCAUUAUUCUAUACCAUUUUCCAGUAGCACCCAUCACUGCCACCCACAUCACCCCAAUUUUUCUAUUGCUGUUUCUGGCACUUCAGGAAUGAGAGCAUAAACCGGUCCCCCUUAAAACAGUUUCCUUACUGUUUAUAAACAACUGUUCAUCUGUGAUCUGAAUGUACAACUUCAUCUGAUGCACACCAACUUUAACCAGUGCAGAUGGCACAAGUUUCCAUUCCCCCCUGACUAAAUCUUGGACUUAAUUUGGGCACGUCUUGAUUUAAUGGCAUGCAAAUGUAAGUAAAAGGUACCUGCCACUAGACACCAUGAGUUCCUACCUGCCACUGAAACACUGCCAACUUAAUCUCUUAACCCAUCAUUCGAAAUACAAGAUUUUGACUCCUGCCUGCUUAAGCCAUCCCUCCUGCCAUGAUUUCCAAUCCUGGUGGCUCCAUUAUGUCCAGUCCUCGGAUUCAAUUUUAUUUUUUGCAGGAGGUAUAAAGAAAAGCAGAAUGGUGCACAUUUUUGCACAGAGUGUUGUGUAAGUGUAAAAUGAGGAUGCAUUUGAUGGCAAUGUUAGACUAUUGAUAAAUAUUGCGUGAGCUACACAAAUAAUGUUGCAUUUUUGCCAUGUUAAUAAUCAGUCUUUUGGAAAGAUUCCAUGAUUUGAAACAUUUUUUAAAUAACCGUGGAGAAGAAUUUAUUAACUUACCAAAGAUAUAAAGUAGUUCUCAGCAGAAGGUAGGAGUGUUUCUUUUCAAACAAAAAGGUUUUAAUUCUCUUAUUAUUUCUAAACUGCCUCUUUAGUCCAGGGUCAAACUUUUAAUUUAGAAAUUUAACAAGUGACUCAAUACGAUGAAUGUUAAUGUUAUCAAGGUGCCAGUUCAUAUUUCAUUUAUGAAAAGAUGAUUCUACAUAUUGAAUAAACCAUUCAUAUAGACAUUCGUACCUUAAUUACAAUUUAAAAUUGUAUGCUUUUUCUUCUUAAAAGGUUGGCCAUAUUUGUACACAAAUGUGUGAUAUUCAGUUAAUUGUCUGCGGAUGAGGCUAUGUUCUCAGUGGGAAGAGCAUAGCAGUGCUGGACUGAAAGUGCUGUCAGGCUUCUCUCUGCUGUGACAUCUUUAAAAAAAUACUGCUACCUGGAAGUGAAAACAAAAGUUUCAAAAUUUUUGUUAAAAAAAGAGAUAUUUUCACAAAGUGGGAGACAUUUUCUAUACUAGGUAAACAUUUGAUGAGGCAAACAUGAAUCAGACUUUUAGGAAACUAAAAAGCUUGAGCUGUUUUCAGGAAAAAACUUUAAAAAAGAAAAAAAACAUUUUCUCAACAAAGGGGAGAUUUUUGAAUUUUUUAAAAAACCUCAUGUUUCUCCAACAUUUGGGGUAGUCGUGUUCAAAAAAAUUUUGUUUCAACAUUUUAGACAAAAAUAAAAAUAGUUCAAGUAUCACGUCUUGAAAACCAUAACCUUUAUUCAUUCUUUAGGGUAGCAGAUACAAACAAACUGUAAAUAUUUUGUUGCUUAAACAGGCAUUCUAUGGGGACUUUGUAUCUACAGUAUAUAAUCACAGAAUUUUAUAUUUUCAUAAAAAGCUAAUUUUUUUCUAGUCUCAACUCCUUCAUAGUUUUGUGGUGGCUAAGUGGAAAACUGUAUUUGCAUUGAGGUAGUACCAUGAAUACUGUGUCAUCACAUUUCAAAGGCAUUGAACCUAUAUUACUUCUUGGGGGCAGUGGUUGUCGAAGUUGCAGGUAUUUUCAACAAUAUUGUCGGUGUGUGCAAUAGGAAUAGAUCUAGGCAGUUGCUGAAUAAGUUCGUCUCAUGAUCCAUUUGAAAAUGUGGUGUUCUGUAACUUGAAAAAAAUCUGCUUUGUUCUGUUGGAAACUAUAUUAAAUUGUUCUAUUAUAGUGUUAUUUAAUAUGUAAAUUGUAUUGCUACACAUGAAAUAAAGUAUGGGUUUUGAUGGACCUAUAGAUGCUGCUGCUGUG